AUGCGCUUCAUGGAUUAUGUGCGUGUCAUCAAAAACGAGAUCAGCAUGGAGGACUUUCAGAAGAAGGCGCUGCAGCUCGGAGCCAUCAUUUCACAGUCGCCUUCGGCUUGCAAGGCUUUUCUCGGCGCCGAGAAGAGUGUCCGGCCACUGCAGCGUCACAAGCUGCGAAGAAAGGUUGAGGCGAAGGACACGCGUGUGAUGCUUGCCAAGGGCGACUUGUGUGCCGACACCACGGCAGCCGACGGCCUCCUCAUGGCUUUUGAUCAGGGUGGCCUUUGGAGGGAGGCCUUGGCUUCGAUCGCCGCGCGGCAGCGACGUGGGCCACGGCCUGGACUGCAUGCAUUCGGAGCCGCGAUGGGUGCAUGCUCCAGAGGUUUGGAGUGGCAACAGGGAUUACUGUUGUUGCGGAAGAUGAUUCAGCUGAAGCUACGCCCUGACUUGUGGAUAUGGAGCGCGGCGACAAGUGCCUGUGAGAAGGGACAUGCUUGGCACCUGGCUCUUCAUUUUCUUCGGGAUAUGAGCCGCAGAGGCUUGAAAUCCGAUGCCGUCGUAUACAAUGCCAGCAUCAGUGCUUGCGAGAAGGGCAUGCAGUGGCGCCGUGCGAUUGCGCUCUUCUCCGAGAUGUCGCUGCGCUCUGUGCGGCCUAACGUGGUGACCUAUAAUUCGACGGUCAGCGCCUGCGAGAAGAACUUUCGCUGGGUUGAGGCUCUUCAGCUGGUCGAUCAGCUGGAGAGAAGCAAAGAAGGCCUGUGGCACCGCACAGUCAUGACAAGUCCGGGCAACUUUGGCAGCUGCCUGGUUGCGGAGAUUGGGGUGCAAGCAGGGAGUAACUAA